AUGCCUACAAAGUUGAGUGAGGAGACAAACAACGAAGACGUGGGAGAUGAAGUGGAAGUGAUGAGGGAUGAAGAUGAAUGUGUUGAUAAAAGCAAGGAAGAACCACCUAAGGUCAAGGAGCCAAAUAGAAAGAUGUUGCUUGAAGAGCCUUUGCCCAUUCCAUUCCCAUCUUUAGCCAAGAAGGCUAAGAAACAAGAAGAGCUUGACCCCACUAUGGUGGAAGUUUUCAAGAAGGUUGAAGUCACUGUCCCUCUCUUCCAAGCAAUUCAACAAGUGCCAAGAUAUGCCAAGUUCCUUAAGGAUGUUUGCACUCACAAAGAAAAGCUUGGCAACCUCAACACAAGGCUGGUAGAUGAUUCUAUCUCUUCCUUACUUCCUGAAAAAUGCAAUGAUCCUGGCCCAUGUUUGGUCACUUGCUUGAUUGGCAAAAUUAAAUUCAUGGAUUGCAUGUGUGAUCUGAGGGCGUGCGCGAGCAUUAUGCCGCUCCUCGUUUAUGAAAGAUUAAAUUCGGCACCCUUAAAGAGGUCCAGAGCGAGGUUCGUGCUAGCCGAUAAGAGUAUUGUGUCCGUUGUUGGGAUUGCCGAAAAUGUCCUAGUCAACAUUCAAGGAUUGUUCUUUCUAGCUGAUUUUCACAUCUUGGAGACACCUUCCAUUGACUCAAGCAAGCCAUCAUCCAUACUCCUUGGAAGGCCGUUCUUGAAGACAACCCGUUUUAAGCUGGAUGCACAUUCGGGAGUCUAUUCUUUUGAGGCGGAUGGCAAGUUGGUCAAGUUCACCUUGGAGGAGUCAAACAAGUCCGUUCUUGAAGCGUAUUCUAUUUUCGAUUGUGACGUAGUUGAAGAGCAAGUCAUGGAGGAUAGCAAGGAGCAAAAAGAAGAGGAUGUUGCCAAGGAAUCAAGUUCAAAGGAUGUUAUUCAACCCAAAAAAUGCCAAGGAGUUGGAGAUCUUCCUCCUUGGUGA